AUGGCGGUGGUAGCCCGUUUCUCCUGCUGCUUAUUUACUCACCCGAAGAACUCCGGCCGAUCUCCACUGUCCGAUCAAAUCUCCGUCAAGUCCAGUCUUCCCGAACCUGGGAAGUUACCUUCUCUUCCAUUUCAAGCCGAAAAGCUUAGGUCAGCAUUUGGGAAUACUUUAGAUGGACUGUUUGAGAUCCACCAUGUGUUGCCAAACAAAAAAUGUCAGGGAGACAUACAGUUGAGAUUCCCAGCAAUGGAACUUUUGAUUGGUAAUGCCUUAAUACUGACAACACCUUUGAAGGCCUUAGCAGAAACAUGUGAAGCUGAAAACUCUGUUUUCAACAUGAACAUGCCUGUACUGCUGUUUGUAGCCCUCGUAGGGGCCACUGUUGGUGGCUUGCUUGCUCGGCAAAGGAAAGGAGAAUUACAGCGAGUGAAUGAACAGUUGCGUCAAAUCAAUCAGUCUCUAAGAAGGCAGGCUAAGAUUGAGUCAUAUGCUCCGUCUUUGAGUUAUUCACCUAUUGGUGCAAAAGUACUACCAGAGAAUGAGGUGAUAGUUGAUCCAAGAAAGCAUGAGUUGAUUUCUCGAUUGAAGGCUGGGAAGAACUUUUUGAGGAAUCAAGAAACAGAAAAAGCACUGGGCGAGUUUAAGACAGCUCUUGAGCUUGCUCGAAGUGUGAAGGACCCAAUUGAGGAAAAGAAGGCUGCAAGAGGUUUAGGUGCCUCGCUGCAAAGACUGGGCAAGUACCGAGAAGCCAUUAAAUACCAUUCUAUGGUUUUGGCAAUCUCCGAGCGAGAAGGAGAAGACUCAGGAAACACAGAAGCUUAUGGAGCAAUUGCUGAUUGUUAUACCGAGCUCGGAGAUCUGGAGCAGGCAGGGAAGUUCUAUGACAAUUAUAUUGCAAGGUUGGAAUCUGACUGA